GCGCCAACAAAGGUCCCCACAUCCAGCCGCUUCGGGGUCAGUGACGGGUCGCUCGUGGUCGGGCUGCUUCGGGCCGACCUGAACCUUUGGGUUUCCGGGCAGAAACGACUUCAGCGUCCAGACUUACUUGUUCCGGCAACAAAUAAGACAGAUUGGCCUUGGCCGCUUCUUGUUUGCAGUUUACAGCCCAAGGUCGAAGCAGAUGCCGUCUUGGGCUGCCGCCAGCCUCAGCAGGACUGCUACCCGAUGCUUUCGCGCGCGAGGCUCCGGGGUCCGCGCGGCCCCUCCGUGCGUCCCCCAGCUCCAUGCACCGGGCUACGGUCCAGCUCCAGACAGGACGCUACACGUCAGCGCGGCGGCCUCCGCCGGACACAAUAAAUGGUCCAAAGUCCGGCACAUCAAGGGUCCCAAGGACACAGAAAGGAGUCGAAUCUUCACUAAACUGUCUCUCAGUAUCCGCCUGGCGGUUAAAGAGGGAGGCUCCAACCCUGAGCUCAACAGCAACCUGGCCAGUGUCUUAGAGUUGUGUCGUAGCAAGCACAUGCCCAAGUCAACCAUUGAGGCAGCACUGAAAAUGGAGAAAACUAAAGGCAUUUAUUUGCUGUAUGAGAGUCGAGGUCCUGGUGGCUCUUCUCUGCUCAUUGAGGCAUUAACAAACAGUAGCUCCAAGUGCUAUUCGGACAUUAAACAUAUCCUGAACAAGAAUGGGGGAAUGAUGGCCGAAGGAGCACGUCAUUCUUUUGACAAAAAAGGGGUGGUUGUGGUUGAGACAGAGGACAGAGAGAAGAAAGCUGUGGAUCUAGAGCGUGCCCUGGAGCUGGCAAUUGAAGCAGGAGCUGAGGAUGUUAAGGAAGAUGAAGAUGAAGAGGAAAAGAACAUUUUUAAAUUUGUUUGUGAUGCCUCUUCACUGCAUCAAGUGAGAAAGAAGCUGGAUUCCCUGGGCCUGUGUUCAGUGUCCUGUUCGCUGGAAUUCAUCCCUCACUCAAAGGUGCAGCUUUCCAACUCUGACCUGGAGCAGGCCGCUCACCUCAUUCAGGCUCUCAGCAACUACGAGGAUGUGAUCCACGUAUACGACAACAUCGAAUAACCAGACUGUGGUGUCUCCAGCCCCCUUCCUAAGGAAGUGGCAGCCCAUCCUGAAGCACAGACGUGGUGGGAGGCCUCACUCUUUGACCAGCAGCCUUGAGGCAAGGGGACUCUCACCCUGUUGCGGAGUCUCUUAGCUCUGCUGGUAUUGCAGGGUGGGACCAGCUAACUUGUCCGACUCUGACCUUAGGUAAUUGGCCCAUGUGAGAAUUGUAAGUGGCCAGUGGCCCUUUGCAGUGGAAGUUGCUCCUAAAUCAUAACAGUGGUGGGUUUUGUUGCUACACUGCUGGUAUGACUCUUGAGCUGUCCAGGUUGUGUACAGCCGUUUGAACCUCGGGACUAACUUUCAGGUCCACAGGUUUAAUUCUCUACUGCAACUUUAAGACUAUCAUUACUAUUAUUUAUUUUUGUUUGUUUUCCAGGUAGGGUCUCACUCUAGCCCAGACUGACCUGGAACUCACUCUGUAGCCCAGGCUGGCCUUGAACUCAUGGCAAUCCUUCU